CGUCGGACAGGAUUUUUAUUAUUCCGCCGCGCACCGUGUUAAUACGCGACCGGGCCGACGUGUUUCCGAAAACGGUUCUUAUCAUUUUUCGAACAAAUGGGCCGUUCACCGAUGGCCCAUCGAGUCACGACGGCUCCACGAUAUGGCCCGGAGAUAACGGGUACGUGCGUGUGCGUGUCCGGUGUUCUCCGUUCAGCUGCCGUAGCCCGUAUAAGCGGCUUACGUCACGUCAGAGCGUGACGACGUCGACGGCGGUUUGUUUCGCAGUUUCGUUCGGAGUGCCCAAGUCGGUUUCGCCACUCGCCCGACGUCGCCGCCGAAAGUGUCGUAAUACAACUCGCGGCCGCCGUCGCAGCCGUUUUUCACCGUUGUCGCGCAGACCGCCAGGACGACGAUGCACACGUAGCGAUCAGUAAUAUCGGCCCUUCCCUGUGAUCGAUACGCGUACCCACACCGCCGGAGACGCACGUCGCACAAACGUCGUCGUCUCUGCCCCGACCACACGGCCCCACCUCCGUGCAAGGUAACUGUCGGUGUCGACAAAUUCUCUUUUAACCGUCGUUUAUUUCCAUAUCCUGUCGUUUCGUCAUUGGCUCACACGCUAAAUAUACUUGUAUAAUGCACACACACACACACACACACCUACAUUAAUAUAUAUAUAUAUAUAUAUGUUAUGUAAAGUGUAAAGUUUAAAUUUGGGUUUUUAAAAAAAAAAAAAUUUUCUCUUUUUUUUAAACAUGUACAAAAGAUGCGACACAAGAACAGAGGAGGAGGAACAUCCUCGGCUUCAAUCCACAACAAUUCGCUAGUGGAUCGUUCACAGACCGAAUCGAAAUCCAAGGCAAAACCCAAGAAAAACGAUAAAGUAAGCCCCGGUUUUAUAAUGCAUGAACAAUUCAUCUGAUGUCUGCACGAUUUGACAUUUUUUUUUCUUUAUUGCCCCGUUUAUUGCCUAACAAUAGUGUUGUUAUCAUUGUAUAUUACUAAAUUAGUUAUGUAACAAUACUUAACAGUUAUUACUAUCUUUGUUAAAUAUUUAUCAUGAAUGUUUCCUAAUAUUUUAUACCUGUCUAAUAUAAACAAUUUUUCGCUUUUGUUUUAAAAAAAAACAAUUAAUUGUAAACCACUGUUGCUGACAAUAAAAUCCUCCUAUUUUUUUCCUAGGAGGUAGGUACACUAUCAAAUUUUUAAGCACUGGUAUUUUUUAGGUUUAAUGAUAAUUAUCAGUUCUAUGGUAUAUUCACUAUGGAUUGGUAUAGUCCAUAGGUCUAUGGGUAAUUGAAUACCCUUUUUAACCCUAAAAUUAUAAAAUAAUCUUUAUCAUUUCAGAUUACAUCAUCUGAUAAAUAAAAGUUUGAAAAAAAGCAAUUUAUAUUAGAUAUAGCAUCAAGUAUUUGAGAUAAGGAAUACAAGUAAUAUUAUUUAGAAGUGUUUAUUGUAAAUGUUUAAAAAUACACCAAAAUAACUAAUUCUUGGAAAAAAAAAAUUGAUUUUUAUUAAUAAAAGUCUAAAUAUUAUAAUACCAUUACCUACCAUAGUGUCUUCAUAUUUAAUAUUGCAUGAAAAAAGUUAUAAGUAUGUUUAUUUUAAAAUAAAUAUACAAUACAUAAAUUGCUGUAGUGUAAUAUUAUGUUAUCAAUUAUGUUUUGAGCUAUACCUACAUAAUUAAUUUGUAUGAUCUAUGACUCAUUUAAUUAGAUACCUAAUAAGUAAUAAUCAGUUCUAAAUAAAAUACAAUUUUAUUAAUUAAAACUUUGAUUUUGUAUUCAUAUUUGACUAUAUUUUCAUGGUUACAUAUUCAUUUUUCAAAAAUUGUUAUUAUUUUUUUAAAUUGUGUUUAUGUAUUGAUAUGCUGUUGACUUGAGUUUGAAAAGUAAUGCUUAUACCUAACAUGUUUUUUAGGUAUUACAAAACGGACAGAGUAAAUCUAAAUUCAAACCAUUUAAAAAACCAACAACUAUGGAUACCCACUCUAUUGUAAUAUGGAAACAUCCCAUACUAACAUUAGAUUAUUUCUGUAAAGAAUUAGUGUAUUUCUCCAAGUCGUUUGUAAAAAGGUAAGUUAUGAACCGGUUACUCUGCUGCAUUAUUACAUUUUUCAAUAUGAAUUUGUAUUAUUUAAGUUUAUUCCAACUACUUGUAGUUAAAACUAUCUUAUUGUUGCAAAUUUAUUAAUUUUUCAUUACAUUUCUAAAAUUGAUAAGCAAAGCAUAUAAUUAAAAUUAUACAAUAUUUUAUAAUAAAGUAAAACACAAUUUUUAAUAUGGUUAAUACUAAAUAAAAAAAAAUAUAAAAUAAUAUUUUAUUUUUAUAUAUUUAAUAUAAUGUUAUUGUUAUAGUUUUAAACCUUGAAUUUAUAUACGAUUUAUUUAAAUGAAUAUAUAACACGUAUUGGUAGUGGUGUCGCAUAAUUAUGCCAUGGUUUUAAUAAGUAAUGAAUAAUAAAUGCAAAAAGUCUACAUUAGUUUAUUGGGUAUAUUUGAAUACUUUGUAAACUAAAUUGUUGCUUUAGUAACCUCUAGUUUAAACAAUUUGAGCAUAUUUCAGCAUUUUAUCUAUAUCAAUAUAUAAUUAUAUAUUGAAAUAGAAUAUAUAUAAUGUUCAAAAUUCAGAAUAUUAAAACAUGUAAAUAAUUGUUGAUAUUAUGAUUAUAAACAUCUGUACCAUAUAUUUUAAAUUAGAUUUGAUCAAAAUUAAUUUAAUACAUUUUUUUUUGUGAUUUUAAAAUAAUAAGUUAUUGAUAAAAAAAAAUAGGCUUAAUUGUAAAAAUUACAAGUUUUCUAAUUUUAGAAAAUAUCAUAGUUUUAAAAUCUAAUAGCUUAAUUAUAAUUAAGUUAUUACUUAAAUAAUAUGUUAAUGUUUGUUUAUACUAGCUUAAAAAUCAAUUUGUGCACAUCAAAUAGCGCCACUACCUAAUAAAUAUCAUAAUUAUUAUUUAAUGAUAAAAACUGAUUUAAUAGCCAUUAAACAAAUAUAAAGAUAGUUAUACAAUGCUGAUGAAAUAUACGUUUUUAUUAUCCCUUUGUAUUGAAUUGAUUUUUUAAUAUAAAAUACAAUUUAUGAGAUUUAAGCUAAAUUAUGUACUUAAGAAAUUAUCUAAAUUUUAUUAUAGUAAAAUAGUAUACUUUAUCAAUAAUUAUUAUAAAUAUUAUAAUAUUUUUGUAUUUUAAUUAUUAUUUAAAUAUUUAUAUGUGUAUUUUUUUUCAGAUUAAUUUGUUAUAAGUUUUAUGUGCUUCUUGCACUUUUAGUUAUUUCUGCUCCAAUUAUUUUAUUGUACAUUGAAGGUCCUCAUUUACCUGUAAGUUAUUUUGCUUAAAGUCAAACAAUGGCAGUUAAUUUUUUUUUUUUAUUAGCUAUUAGUAUGGGCAAAAACAAAAUGUGUAUGGUGUCUGUACUGGUUAGGUCUAGGAAUCCUAUCAUCAGUUGGAUUUGGUACUGGACUUCAUACAUUCCUUCUUUAUUUGGGUCCGCACAUUACCUCAGUGACUUUAGCUGCCUACGAAUGUGGUGGACUUAAUUUCCCCGAACCACCAUACCCAGAACAGUAAGUUUGCUCCUUAUUUUUAAAAAAAUGUAUUUAAUUUUAUAUUACUGUGUUUUAUAUAUGUUUCUUCAGAAUUAUUUGCCCCGAUGAAUUAGAUACUGCUUGGACAACCAGCUUAUGGAACAUUAUGUUAAAAGUACGAGUUGAAGCUAUGAUGUGGGGAGCUGGAACAGCCCUUGGUGAACUUCCACCAUAUUUCAUGGCUAGAGCUGCCAGACUUUCGGGAAGACCACCAGAUGAAGAUAAAGAAGAUUUAAUAGAAUUUGAAGAAUUACUCAAAAAAGAAAAGCAUCCUGAAACAAUGGUAAUUGUUUUAUUGAUUUUUGAUUGCACUGAACUAUUUGAAAUUUAUUAUUUAUUUUUCAGACUUUGGUUGAUCAAUCUAAAUUAUUUGUUGAACGACUUGUUAAAAAAGUUGGUUUCUUUGGAAUUUUAGCAUGUGCAUCUGUAAGUUAUAUUUUGUUAUUUCUAUUUUUAGCCAAAAUGAUUUGCAUUUAAACAAAAUUAAUAUUAUAGAUUCCUAAUCCGCUCUUUGAUCUUGCUGGAAUCACUUGUGGCCACUUUUUAAUUCCAUUUUGGACCUUUUUUGGAGCUACCCUUCUUGGUAAAGCUGCUAUUAAAAUGAGCAUACAGGUGUUAUUUGUUGUGGUGGCUUUUAAUGAAACUCUGAUUGCGAGAGUUCUUGAUGUUGUUGGUAAAGUCCCAGGAAUUGGGGAAAAAAUGCAAGCACCUAUCACAAAGUUUUUAGAAAAUCAAAAACAAAGAUUACACGCUAAAAAGGAUUCUAAGGUAAUUUAUUUAUUUAUAUAUAUAUAUAUAUUUGUUUUAACUAUAUACUUCUAAACAUACUACAUAUUUAUAUAGGGUACAAAUAUUGUUGUAAAAGUGUUUGACUUGUUUGUAUUAUCAAUGGUGGUGUAUUUCAUUGUUUCAUUAAUCAACUCUAUGGCACAAAAUUAUUAUAAGCGAAAUCAUAAGACUUCAAAAAAACGAUCAAGCGACUGACAUACGGUUGUUAACCGUUUGAAAAACUCUAAUCGAAAGUCCAAACGGCAUUGAAAUAAUUAUUACUAUUCAAACUUCUAUCCAAAUAUUUUCAUACUAAAUACAAAUUAUUAUUUCUUGGUACACAAUAAGUUCUUAAUAUUAUGUAUUUAUGAUUACAAAAUAAUACAUAUUACAGGGUUUUUUUUAUUAAUAAUAAUUAUUAUAAAAUGAAAAUUAAACCAAUUUAUGUAGUAUUAUGCUGCUCAAUAACCUAAAUACAAAUUGUAUUUUAUUGUAAAAUGUAAUAAUAAGUAUUAAGAUUUAAUAAUUUAUUAUCACAAAGUAUGUACGAUAAUUUUGAGCAGCUGACAUUUGAUUUGUAUUUUUACUACUAUUGAAAUAGUGAUAUGUGUUAUGUGUGGUGUAUUUUAUAUGAUAUAUAUAUUUUAUUCUACAAAAAAAACAUAAUGUAAAAUAUUUUUAACGUGAAUGUGGAAUCCACAAGUGUUACCAAUAUUUAAUUUUAGGUGUAUUUGUAAACCUACCAUAAGGGAGACUAUUAUACAGAAUUUGGAUGUUAUUAAUAACUUGUUGCAUUUUUAUUAUUAUUAUUGUUCGUUUUUGUUGUUCUAGAAUUAUUAUUAUUUUUAAAAUUAAAUUAAUGUUAUAGCAAAAUAAAAACUUAUACAAUUAUUUGUUGAUGGUCUUCUGAUCAAACAAUAUGGGCGAUUUUUUUGUCAUUUAGAUUUAUUUAUAUUUGUAAUCAAAAAUGCUUGUAGCUAAAUUUUGUAAAAUAUAUUUAUAUACCUAUUCCUUUUUUCCCCCUAUUAGCAAUUUAUUAUUUAAAAAACAUCUUUGAUGUUGUCAGACAAUGAUAGACUUCUUGAGACCUUAAUGAAUAUUUGUGAUUUUAGUAGGUAGUGUAAUAAGUGUAAAAUUUAGGUAUACAAUUUAGUGUUAGAAGACUGUUCCUCUUCUGAAAACUUAUUCAUUCCUGUUAGGAAAAAAAGCAAUAAUAACGGUAAUAAAGAAAUAAUUUAUUUAAUUUUGUUUUUAAUUUAUUAUAGUUUUAUUUUUUCUUUAGUUUAGUUAAAUCAUCACUGUCUAUUAUGAUGAACACAUGUAUUAAUAUGUAUACAUAUUUGUGUGUUACUAUUGUAAAAAAAAAUAAAAACUGGUGUAAUCCCUGUUGGAGAAAUAAAAUUUAGUUAAGAUAAUUUUUGUUCUCAUAAACUUGUGUUUUGCUGAUUUUAUUAUGGUUAUUAGUUAUUAGUAUUCAAAAAAUAAUAGUGUAUUAUAUAACAUACCCAUUACUUACCUAUUGUAUACUAUUAAGAAUUAUGGGGUUACUAUAGUAAAACUCCUCGGAAAUCAGAUAAUAUAGGUAUGCAUAUGUAUAAACAUUGUGUAGAAUAUAUUUUAUUUAUUAUUAUUUUUUUUUUUUUGCAAUAUAUUUAGCAAUGCUUGUUUAUGUGACCAAAUUUGUUUUUAUUGACAGUUAUAAUACUAUGUGUAAACAUGUACAAUUACCUACUGUUUUUGAGUUUCUAUGAUUAAAGGUACAUUGUUUUAGAUUUUAUUAUUGGAUACAAU